AUGGCUUGUGGUAGAAAGUUAUUGCAAAUAUCAAGGAAUUGUGCACAAUGGACAUCCGUUCAAAAAGCACCGACAACUGUUUCACGGAAAUUUUUAUCCGAAUUUAAAAGUUUCUAUCCCAGACUUAUCGACACAGCGAUGGCUCGUAACAAAUAUCUAAACGACACACAUGUGAAAGACCGAAUUAAAAAGGUUUCAGAAUACAAUCCCUUAAAUAAGUUACCUAUUCAAGGAGAGUUCCUGCUAUAUAUUUACGAGUUAAUGGAAAAACCGGACAAUAUAAAUGAUAAAAUGAAACAUCAAGCUUAUACAUUAGCUUCUUUGAUAGAAACGAUUCAAGCGUACUUUAUAGUUCAGGAUGACGUUAUGGACAGUGCCAAAAUGCGAUGCAAAAUGCCGUGUUGGCAUUUACUACCUGACGUAAGACAUAUAUGCAUAAAUGACCUCACCUUAAUGCGACACUUUGCAAAUGAAAUGUUAAGGCAAAAUAUAGAUGAAUCCAUUUACAACAAAUUAGCCGAUAUUUUCAAUGAGAUGUAUAUGCAAAUAGAAAUAGCACAACAAAGGGAUAUAGCCCUUCAAAAGUCAAAAGACUACUCGAAGUUCACAAUGGACACCUAUAAUCUUACACAAACUUUUAAGGCAUCGUACUACUGUAUUACUUCAACUAUUUAUAUGGCCCUGAUAUUAUGUAACAAAGCUACUGAGGAAUCAUUUCAGCUUGUAGACGAUAUAUGUAAUGAUGUUGGGAUAGUCUUUCAGAUUCAUAAUGAUCUCACCGAUUAUAUUGACAGUGAUACAUCAAUAUCGGGUAAAUCUAGUACAGACAUACCUCUUGGAAAAUGUUCGUGGCCUGCAGUAGCAGCACUUCAGCACUGUAAUACAGAACAACGCAAAAUUUUUGAAGAAAACUACGGAAGCUGGGACCCAGAAUGUAUCAAACGCAUUCUGGAAUUGUACAACGACCUUAACAUGCUAAAACUUUAUAAAGAAGAAAUUCAGUCUCGAUAUAACACUUAUUUGCACAAGGUUAAUGCACUACCUAAAGAUGCUACACCAUCACCCGAUAUCUUUCUUAAGAUUUUAGAUUUUUAUAGAAGUUACACCGAUGAUGCAUCACGAUAUUAUUAUGUUUAA